ACGUGGAAGGAAAGUAAUAAACAUGUUGUACAAUAUCACAAGCAGUUGUAAUCUAUAAAUGACAUAGAAUUAUUUAUUUCUUUGCGUUUUUAAUUUUUAACGAUAAUUUUUGCUGCGGAUUAGUCAUAGCUUAACAUUACUUCAAAGAAAUGUUUCCAUUUAACGAACAAAAUGCAAAAAAACAAGCUUUUGUUGAAAACGCUAGAGCAGAAAGGGAACAAAGAGAGCAACAACGUAUAAAACAAAAGCAAGAGCAAAAAUUAUCACAAUCUGCAAUUGUUAUACAGAAAACUUUUCGUAAACAUUUAAAAAAAAAGCAAAUUUUUGAAAAUUUACGUAAUUUAUGGGAUAUUGAUUCAGGUUUUUCAAUUGACAAUGAUAAUUCAAACGAGAAUUCAUCAAAUCCCUUAGAAAUUCUUCUUCUUACAAAAUUAUUAUUUGCGUUUUUUAAUCCAAAACGUGAUAAUGCCAGAUUUUCACAUUUAUGUAGAUUAAUAUUAUCAACUACUUCUCAAAACUCUUCUAACAAGGGAGAUCAACCUAGUAAAAUAGUUUUUCCUUUCCAUUUUUUGUUGUUUAAUGAAAAUUAUGGAAAAUUCACUUUUAAUUUAAUGAAAAAAAUUCUUUGGCAAUGCGUCGAAAGGAUAAUUGGAUAUGCAAAUGAAAACAAUACCAAAACAUUAUAUCUUACCGGAACAGAAAUUAGACUAAUGAUUUAUUUUCUUGAUCCUAAAUUUUAUAUAAUAAAAGGAAAUUUACCGAAUUCAAAUUCCAUCUCUACACUUUUAAGCCAAAAUUUAGCUGCAUUUCAUAAUUUCCUAUUACAAAAAGGAUUUUACAUGUUAAUAGGAUCAGGAAUGUUUCUCAGAGUGGAUUCCAUAUUAAAUUUAAAAUCAAGAGCAAUGAAAGUGAAACAACUUUCAAAAGAUGAUGAAAAGAAAUUAAAUUCUACGAAUUUAUGGAUUUCAGCUUGUUUAAGAUGCUGUUUAUUUUUAUUGGAUUUAAAUUCUGGAGGAAGUAAUUUGCAAACAUUUACAGAACAACAUUACAGCGAAAAGAAUAAAUUAAUCAUGUUUAUAAUUCAUAUAAUGUCAGUCCCCUGUUUAUUAUCUUCUUUAGAUGAUAAUUGGUUGGAUAUGUUAAAAAAAAGUAAUAUUCCUUUAAAAAUUAUUGAAAUAAUGCAUAACGAUGAUUCUUUAUCACAAAUUUUAAAUGGAUUAACGGGGAAUAAUGCAAUAUUUUUGAUGGGAAAUAUUGUUGAAUUAAUGUUGAGAUCAGAUUUAAUUUCUUUAUCGAUAAGUGAAACACAAUCAAAUUCUUCAACACAACAAUUUCUUAAUUUUAUUGAAAUUAUAAAUUCUUUACUUCAAUAUUGUCAAAGUUUAGUGUCAUCUAAACAAUUGAAUAUGCAUUAUCAAUAUCACCCUAUAUUUAAAUGGUAUUCAGGAAAAAAUGAUUCAAAAAUUCCAAAUUCAUAUUUUAACUUAGUUAUAGCACAACUUGAGUGCUUAUGGCAAAGAUCAUUUAUACUUAAAGCAUUUAAUCAUGUUUUAAGUUUUAAGUCUGUAGUUAAAGAUCAAAGUGGUCUAUUAAAAUCAAGAAGAAAGAAUAGUUUUAAUGAUAAAAAAGUUAGCUUAGUCUCAAGAAAAGUUACAAUUGAUGCUAUCGAAACGAAAGUAGUUUGUCGUCUUUAUUUAUCAAUUUUAAAACUUCUUGAUGGUCAAAACAAAAACAUUACUAUGAAUUUAACUUAUUUUCCAGACCUUAUACCUUGUCUUUGGAAAUUUUUAAUGCGUUUGGGACCUAAAGGAAAUAUGGAAAUUUUCCUGUCAGAUUCUGUAAUAAAAGAUCCAGAAAAAGAACCUUUUAUAAGCAUCUUGGCGUUAUUUUGUAUAUGUUGUAAUAUAUGGUUGACGACGAAGGAUGAUGAAGAAUUAUAUGAUAAGCAGAUCCCUUUUUCAAUUGAGAAUGAUAUUAUUCCAAUGUCAGUUUUCUUUAACAAAUUCUGUUUCGCAUUAUUAAGUCAUUCAUCACUUGAAGGAUGUCCUCCAACAAUAUUUGAAUCGGCACGUAAAGUUUUAUUUCAAUUACAUUUGAAAGAUUCACGUCGUUCAUUUUCAAGAGAAGAAAAUAUUUGGUUAUUAAUUAAAGAUCCAAAGAAAUCCUUACCAAAAUCUCUUAAAGACCUUUUCAAAAAUAAAAAGUCAUCAUCAUCAUCAAAUAGCAAAGAUCAAAUGGGGAUGUCGUUUUUGGAAAGAAUUCAGGAAAAUGAUCCUAUAUCAAUUAAAAUUCUUAAUUUAUUGCCCCAUACGAUUCCGUUUGAAACAAGAUUAGAUAUUUUUCGAGAUUAUUUGAAAAAAAGUAUUCCAAAUUAUUCGGAAGCCACUGGCAUUAUGAUCAAAGUUAGAAGGGCUCAUGUGCUGGAUGAUGGAUAUAAACAAUUGGGCGGAGUAAUUGACGCGAAAAUAAAGGGAAGAAUUCAUGUAAAAUUCAUAAACGAAACUGGUGCUUUGGAAGAUGGUGUGGAUCAAGGAGGUCCAUUUAAAGAAUUUAUAACACAACUUAUCGCUGAAGCCUUUGAUCCAUCUUAUGGUUUAUUUGCUGUAACAAAAAAUUCAUUACUUUAUCCGAAUCAUCAAAACACAACAACAAAAAUUGCGUUAUAUUCAUUUUUAGGUAAAAUGAUUGCAAGAGCAAUACAAGAAGGUAUAUUAGUUGACGUACAAUUUGCCAGAUUUUUCCUAAGUAAAAUGACCGGUAGAGCUGUUUUUCUGGAAGAUUUAAUUGGAUUAGAUGAUGAAUUAUUAAAAAAUAUAAUGAUUGUAAAAAAAUAUGAAGGAAAUAUUGAAGAUUUAGGAUUGUAUUUUGCAAUCGAUGAAGAAGUUAAUGGAAAAGUUAUUUCUAAAGAUAUUAUGGGUGGUUCACGCGUUACUGAUGAUAAUAAAAUUCAAUAUUCAUAUUAUCUAGCUGAUUACAAAUUGAAUCAGCAGGCAAAAGAGCAGACGCGAGCAUUUAUUAAUGGUUUUCAAUCCAUGAUACCAGAAAAUUGGCUAAGGAUGUUUUCACCACCGGAAUUACAACAUGUACUUUCUGGGGAAGAUGCUGAUUGGGAGGUAUCUGAUUUGCGUAAAUAUACAGUUUAUCAUGGUGGAUAUUUCGAUCAGCAUAUUAGUAUACGGCAUUUUUGGUCUAUCUUAGAAGAUAUGAAUUUAAAAGACAAAAGUGCAUUUCUUAAAUUUGUAACAAGUUGUUCAAAGCCUCCUCUCGGUGGUUUUAGAUAUCUUCAACCACCGUUUACAAUUCAAAUGAUUUCAGAUGAUUCUGAUUCCAAUCAGCCGCGUUCAAGACUAGUUGUUAGAUCGUUAUUAUCUUCUAUUGGACAUUCGAAAUCUGCUUUAAAAGGGAGAUUACCAAUGAGUUCAACGUGUUUCAAUCUAUUAAAACUUCCAUCAUAUUCACAAAAGUCUGUAAUAAAAGAGAAAUUAAAAUAUGCUAUUAAUUCAAAUACAGGAUUUGAAUUAGCUUAAAAAUCCCAUGAGUUUACUUUAAUCAACAUUUAAAUUAAUAUUUUAAAUUAUAUUAUAUGUAUAUAUAUAAUUUUUUCUUAUUUUAUUUUAACCAAAUUUUCAUUUACUUUCACUUUGCAUUUAAUGAUAA